CGUGUAUACGAUAUGUUGACAAGCAGUCAGCUGUUUCCGGUCUAUAAAAAUACAGAUGGCUCAAUAGAGAUCCUCGAAAAACCCGGCUAAUUAUUUCUAAUUAAAUAAGCAGCAGUUGGACUGGCAGCACCGGAGUAAACAACGAGUGUGUGAUGAGGCUCUAACACACGGUAUUUUCUACCCUUAAUUUCCUUUUAGUUUAACGGAUAAUGUUGAAGGAAGAGGUUGAAGUAAGCACGCCGAGAAAUGGUGAUAACUCGCACACGAUUACACCGGACUCAGGAAGUAACGACGUGGCCAAAGAGUCGCAACAGAAACUCGAGAUAGAAGAGAAAUUGGCCAACAAGAUGUUUUCGUACGCUAGAAAAAUCAUUCGAUUUUUCCUUGCAAUCAUCUUUACUGCUCUAGCAGCCCUUCAUAGUUCAUCACCUAAAGUGUCAAAACCACCAUUAGCUAAACCAUUUUUCAAUCAAAGCUCAAUCGUCUUAGAUUUUUAUAAAGGACAUUUGGAUGCUAUGAUGGAAAGAGUUAUAGAAGCAGAUUUUAGUUUUAUUAUGUAUUAUGCUCCAUGGGAUGCAGAAAGUCAAGCAGUGCGUCAAGAAUUUGAAAAAGUUGCUCAAUAUUAUCAUUCACAGGUUUUUUUUGCUGCCAUCAAUUGUUGGCAUCCAAGCUCAGAAUGUAGAAUUCAAUUUAAUAAAAUACAAAGUUAUCCAAUAUUAAUUCUUUAUCCUUCAACGGAUUCUGGCAUUGAAUACAGGGGUAUACAUACAUGGCCAUACAUGAUAAGAUUUCUUAAUGCAGUUAUGAAUCCAAUUAUUAGAAUAACACAUAAAGAUCAAUUAACAGACUUGCUUGUGAACUAUGAUGCUGUGGUUAUAGGUUAUUUUAAUUUCACCCGGUUAGAUAAAACUCCUGGUUACAAAGAGUUUUAUAAGGCUUCUAUAAGAGCAUUAGAAGAGGAUCCCAAUAGGGAAGUGGUUUUUGCCAUUGUCACUAGUGCAUUAUCUAGUGAAACAGACUAUAAUAUUUAUAAACUUCCAUCUGCAAAUUUACACAUGUGGAGUGAAUCUUUAAGGUAUCCAGAAGACUCUGAAUGGACUUCCGAAAACAUAUUAAAUUGGGUUAGCAGCUCCAUUCAUCAACCAGUUCUAUGGCUGCAGCCUCCUGGAGUGAAAGCAUUAACAUUAGCACCAUAUUUGAAGGAAGGGCCUGUACUUUUUCUCUUCACACCGCGUAAUCCUUUGCAUCCCGAAAAUUACAAUUACAAUCUGAUCAGAGAAGUUGGACUGCAGUAUUAUAAUUGUGCAGAUAAUGUUUUACCUAAAGAAAUAGUUGAACGUCUCAGCUUUAAGCGUCGUACAGCUAUUGCGAAGCAUUCAGAACAAAAUAAGUUGUGUACAAAAAUCUUAAAAGAGAAUAAAAAUCAAACUCAAGAAUCGAAAGUCAGUGUCUCGAUUCAGAGGUGGAUUAAUAAUAGUUGCUGUGCUAAUGUUGUAAUGAAUAAAUGUUCUCUGUGUAAGAAGAACAUAUUAAACAAUGCAAAAAGAGAAACGUCCAUUUGUAAGCUUAGCUCUAAUAAAAUUGAUCACGUCUGCAAAAGUGCAGAUAUUUUUAAAAUUUCUAAUAUGGAAAAUCAGCAAGAGAAAUAUGAAGUCUGCUGUAAUCAAGAUAAAUAUCAAAAUGGAUUUAAGUCUAUAAGCCAAAAGUACAAAACACCGUUAUUUACUGCAAACUACGAAGACACGCAAUCUGCAGAUGCAAUAAAACAGGCACACUUAAGAUCAGACUGUAAAAGAUGGAUAACUGGAAACAGAUAUCAUCUGCCUAUAUUUCCUCGAGAUAAUAUUGAACAUCCGAAUAUAAAUUUAACCGAGUCGGUGUGCAAAAUUAAUAAAACAUUAACACUAAUAGCAAUCGAUAGUUUGCAUUACUUCUACUUCGCGGAAGGUCUUGGUAUAGAUCUUUUAAAGAAGAAAGAUAAGACUGCUGUUGUUAUAUUAAAUGUUGCUCACGAGAGUCAAUACGUUAUGCAGGAAGAUUUUAAUCGAUAUACACUUAUACAAUUUAUAAAUAAUUAUACACAAGGUUUUUUACAACGUACGUUACGUUCUAAUAAUUCGAGGCGUUUUGUGCAAAAGUUUAAGAAUAAAAUUAAUUGUAAAACGAAAAAUGUACAAAGCGUAUGCAUACCAGAGUUAACAACUGAAACAUUCUUAGAUACUAUAUUGGAUCCAACGAAGGAUGUGGUAGUAAUGUACCACUCUCCUUAUUGUGCAUUUUGUAGCGCGAUAUUUUAUGUAUACUUAACAGUAGCUCAUUAUUUGCGCGAAAUGGAUCAUCUUUUAUUCGUAAGAGUAGACGGUGAUAACAAUGAUUUACCGUGGGAAUACAAUAUGAAUCGAUUCCCAUCUAUUCUCUUUUUCCCUGCCAAAAGAAAAGAGGAUAGCACGGUGUAUCCGUUUUUUCUGCCAGUCACAAUACCGAAUCUUGUUAAUUUCAUCUUGGCGAAUUUGGAUGGAGAUUCACAUGUUGAGGCGCUUGUAAAUAUUUGUCAAUCUGGAGCUGGUGAAGAUCCAGAUGCGUGUAUUGCUCGAACUCGUUGGCUGUGUCUAGAUAUCAUUCAACAACUACUUCGAGAUUAUCGAAAAAUAUUAAGGCAUAUUAGUCGACUAGGAAGGAUAAGUGCCAGGAAUAAAAGAAAAAUCAUUUUAUUAAAGUUGGCACACAUCAAGGACAUACAUUUAAUAUUAGGUUCCACUAUUGAUCUCAGAGAGGAUCAACACAAAGUAAAACUUAUCAGAAAAAAAUAUAGGAAAUAUUAUAAGAGUAUUAGAUCACUCGAGUUAGGUAACAAAAUAAAUAGCACUAAAAUGAACGAUCCUCUUCAAGAACAAAAUGUUACUAAAAAAAAAAUGAUUAAAAGCGAAUUGUGA